CAGGUUUCAGUUUACUUCACAAAACUUUUCCACUUGCAAGUAAAAGGAAUGGCCUAUGCGCACUCAUAGCUAAUUGGGGUAAAAACAAAGGUAGAUUUUUUUUUUUUUUUUAAUGUUAACAUUACCAAGUGUUUGAUUUUACCACCGUCAAAACUGACUUUUAAAAUGUGUGGAAACUUACAUUUUAAUGAAUUAAGCACAUGUUUUCAAUGGCCUAAAAGUGUGUUGACAUGCACAUAUAAAAGAUUGUUGCAUCAAAUUUCAAUACAGAGGCGAACAAUGUAUUUUGUGGUGAUCAAAGUAUUUAAAAAUGACUUUUCUAAAUGCCACGGUAACAUCGACACACUGACAUGUGAAUCCGCCGCUGCGGUGUGAAGAGGAAACACCGGUACGUUUCAGGUUCUAGCUCCGAGCCGGCCCUGUAAACACGUUGGUGUGAAAGGGGCAAUAGAGACGCUUUUGAAAAGCUCUGAUGUCCAAAAGGAGUGUUGCCUCACAGGAGGCUACAUCGGACUCAUCUUCAGAGUCUGAAGCACCUGUAAAUGUUCAGAAUACCUCCAAUCAGGCUGCCAUGCAGAAGACCACAAAUGCCUCACUCCAUGUUGCCUCUGGUCUGUCUUUUCAUCAGAAUCCCCCUCAGCUUGUCUCUGGACUCUGUGGACGACAUGUAUUACGGCUGCUCCCACAAGAUGCUGAUCAAAGUAAAACAGGGGAAGGUUUGCACAUGUACACAAACCUUUGUGCUGUUAAAGCCAUGAUGAAAAGACAACUAUGAUCCGCUGUCUUUUAAUCACUUCUGGGCUCUGUGUGCCUACACAGGUGGGUCGUAUGGAGAGUUGAACCGAGCAGUCCGCAGGGGGAAGGCUUCCUACGGGACCUCGUUUGAAUUCCACUGCCUCCACUUCCUGCUUUCUGAUACCAUCCUGCUCCUAAAACUCAACCAAAGACGCUGCUUCACCACCUACAGGAGGAGCAAACUGCUCUUCAGUGGAGAACCUGGACAAACUAUGCGCUUCGGUUCAUUCGCCUCCAGCUCUCUCAGCAAGGACCUACGACAGUUUGGACAGGGGACCUGCUUUGAGAUACGCACAUGUUUCAGUGCCUACCUCAAGUCCUAUUCAGAGUUUGAUUCAAACGAGGAUGAAGUAUUAAUUCCUCCGUAUGAAAUGUUCAAUAUUGUAUCUGUGGACACUUCAGGACAGAACCAUUUACACUGGAGACGGCCAGACUUUACAGCAGUCUCAACUGCCAGGCUGUGGAGCCUUUUAGAAGUUAACACUUUGUUUAAUAAAGUUUAACUGUCACCAGAUCAGCAGCCACAUUUCUAUUUUGCUUCACAAUCUUGAGUUUAUUAAAACAAUGUCUUUCUUUUUUGUAUUUAUUAUAUAUUUUUAUUAUAAAUAUAUUUGUGCUGAAGACUUUUCCUUAAAAAGUCCUACAUUUUAUUUUACUGUUUUUAUUAUCUUUUGUUUGUAUUUGACAUUGUGGGAGAAGCCAGUGUUCUCAGUGAGAUCUUACAAACUCAAUCCGAAGAUCAUUUUAUAAACGACAGCCAGGGACAUGGUGUCAUGUUAAGCAAAAAAUAGAAGCCCAAACCUGUCCCCGACUGAAGAAAAACAAGAAAUAAAAAAGGACAAGUCUCAGUACAAAUAAUUAUUCAUUAAUUUUGAUUAAUGGAAUUCACAUAAAGCCAAAUCAAAACUAACAUACAGAACUCCUUAAGGCAACGUUUACAUCACAACAAAAAUCAUUUAAAGGUCCCAUGUCAUGCUUUUCCGGUUAUUACCCGUCCCCUGGUGUGUUAUGAAGGUUUUUAUGCA